CAUCCAGAGCCUCUCUGGGCUUGGGCUUUCAUUUUCCCAGCCUCCAGUCCCUCCUCAGACACCCUGCAUGGCUUCCUAUAGUCCCCUCGGUGGGCCCAGGGACGCUAAGUGAGCCCCGGCUGGGUCAUCACGGAGACCCCUAAACACAAUAUCCAGCCUGUUGGGUCAGAGCCAGGCCCUGCCCCCAGUCUUCCACACACCUCUCAGCCUCAGUUUCUCCGGCUUGAGGCUGAAUCAACGGCAGCUUCUGCCUCCUCAGGUCCUGGUACACGUGAACAGCAGGCUGGCGUGCACCAGAUGCCCCAUAACUGCUGCUGUCACCCUCAGUUACCUGCAGGGGAGGUGCAGGAACUUGAGAUGGGGUGCCCCAGGCAGCCCUAGCUCUCCGCCCACAGGAACUCAGUCGCGGACACCAAGCCAGAAAAGCUAGAUUUUAAUUCAGCACAAAUAACCCACCUCUUUCCUGGGAAAUAGAAACUGAAAGCUGAAACUUCUGCCUGCAAAUACCCACUCGAGAGUCUCCAGGUCAAAGGAUGCUCUCCAGCCUUUGUCAUUGGCCAGGACGGCCGUCAUGUUAAUAAGGGGGCAGCCUCAGCCAAUAGGACGUCCCAGCACCCCCCUAACUCCUGCCCAAACUCACUCAUUCAGGGGCAGAUCUAGAGGCACCUGCUUUUUACCACUAUUGGCCUGUGCCCAGGACUGACUACUCAGAGUCAAUGAUGCCAUGUCGGAGUCUUGUGUGGCAGAGGUGGCUGGGGGGCUUCCUGAUCCUGGCGGUGCUGGGUCUGUCCGUGGCCCUGAUCAUCUGUGCUGUCAAGGCCAACAGCAAAGCCUGCAAGGAUGGCCUCCUAGCAGAGGAGGAGUGUCACGGUGUCACCCGCCUCCUGGAGAUCCAGCUGACCCAAGCCCGGGAAGGCUUACUGAGGACCGAGGUCCAGGCCGCCACCUGCAACGAGACUGUGGUAACCCUGUUGGCUUCCCUGGAGAUGGAGAAGGCCCAGAGCCAGGAGUGGCUCUCGAAAAGGGAGGAGUUUCGGGGAGAGAUUGAGGAGUUGAAGCACAAGCUGCAGAACGCUUCGGCGGAGGUGGAAAGACUGAGAAAAGGGACUGAGACCUCGAGCAAGAAAAAGGAAAUCGCGUCUGCCAGCUCCUCGGAAGCGCUCAGCCCCUUGGUGGUCUCUGUGCACCUGCUCCUGGCCUUCGUUGCUCUGCUGGCCUGAGGUCCCUGCGGGCCACAGUCUUGACUGGUCCGUUCCUGCUCUGCUUUUCCCUUGGAGGCUUGACCUGACCUGACCGGUUCUGAAGAGGCCACGCUGUGGCACAGUCAGGGAGUCAGGGGAAGGGGGCGCCAGGCAGCAGCUGGAGGUACACGGAGAAGCCUUGAGGUUGGACAAGCAGGGGAGCUGGCCCAGGGCUGCCUCCCCCUCGGGCCUCCCCGCCCCCUCCCCCUUGCAGCGCUGGGCAGGGCAAGGGAUGGGGAGACCUGCUUCUUGCUGUCACGGUUUCUGGAAGCUCACUGUCCUCUGAGGUCUUUGACCUCCUUAAAAAGUAAACACCCCUUCUGGGGAGAAAGACAUUG